CAAUAUUUUUAUGAUACUCAGUGUUUAGUUAAAUCAUUUUAGUGAUUUUUUUAAUAAUGAGUAUGUAUGUUUUUAAGUCUAAUUUGCAAGAGUCGUUAACUCCACCUGAUGGAACGAGUAAGUGUAAAUGGUCAAAAGAUUCUAAAAAUCAGGAGCCAUCGGUACACACCAAAUGGGACUGGAAACCCAAAAACCAAAAAAUUCUGCCAGAUAUUCUCGCAGCUAUAGGCAAUACUCCUAUGGUAAAAUUAAAUAAAAUACCACAGUCUGAAGGCGUCGAAUGUGAAAUAUUUGGAAAAUGCGAGUUCAUGAAUCCUGCUGGUUCAAUCAAGGACCGAGUAGCUCUAAGAUGUAUCACAGAGGCAGAAAAUAAUGGUACUUUAAAACCUGGUGGAACUGUUAUUGAAGUUUCUUCUGGAAAUACAGGUGUAAGCCUCGCUUGGGUAUGUGCUAUUAAAGGUUAUCAUAGUAUCAUAGUAAUGCCCGAUAAAUUUUCGAAAGAAAAAGAAAAUAUUAUAAGAUCUAUGGGGGGUGACGUGGUACGAGUUUCUAUGGCAGAAAAAAAAUAUUCCCCUAAUGGAAUGUUUGGAAUGGCUCAUGUAUUACAUAAAAAUACUCCGAAUUCUAUUAUCAUAGAUCAGUUUUCAAAUCCAUCUAAUCCAAUCAUGCAUUAUGAUACAACUGCCGAGGAAAUUUUCGAUCAGUGUGAUGGCAAAAUUGAUAUGAUGGUUAUGGGUUGUGGUACUGGAGGUACAUUGGGUGGUAUUAGCAGAAAGUUCCAGGAACUUUCUCCCCAAACAAUAUUUAUAGGAGCCGAUCCAUACGGAUCGACUUAUGCCAUACCAGACAGUCUUAACCAAAGUAAAGUAAAAAUGUUCGAAAUCGAAGGAAUUGGAUACAAUGAACUGACACCCCCAGUAUGCGAUCGUUUUAAGGUACAAAAAUGGUACAAAUUUCAUGACAAAGACUCUUUAAAUAUGUCAAGAAGGCUGAUUAAAGAGGAAGGAUUACUAGUAGGUACCACAAGUGGUCUCUUGUUAGCAUGUGCUUUGAAAGCUAUAAAAGAGUUUAACAUUGGAAAAGGAAAAAGAGUAGUAAUCCUUUUACCAGAUGGUACAAAGAACUAUUUAAGCAAAUUUGUACAAGAUCAGUGGAUGGAACAAAGAGGCUACAUGCCUUGUAAAAAUCCUGGAAAUCUAGGGUGGUGGGAUAUAAAAGUUGCAGAUUUGGACAACAAACCUGUCACAAGUAUUAAAACCACUGAAACAAUUGAGAAUGUUUUGAGUAUAAUGACAAAAAAUGCUGUCAAUUAUUUGCCAGUAAUAGGAGAAAAUGGGCAAAUUGUUGGUGUAGCUAUAAGAAAAAGCAUUGAGAACAAAUUAAUUUAUAAUAAAUGCUCUGGUAGUGACAAAAUUGUUACGUGUGCGGAUCGUGUAUAUUCCAAAAUACCUAAAUCUAUUAGCACUCUCGGAUUAGUCUCCAGGGUAUUGGAAAUAGAAAAUUAUGUUUUGGUUGUGGAACCUAAAGGAGAUGUAGAAGCACCGUACGCUCUUUUCACGUCUGAAGAUGUUCUAAAAAUAGUACAGACAAAGAAAUCAUCAUAAAUGUUAUUUUUAUUUUUUCAGCAUAUAUUUAAAUAUGUAGACUUGUUUUUAUUUUAAAUGUUUUGUUCUUGAUUUUAACUUUUUGUUUUUUCGUGUAAUAUGAUGUUUUUGAGUCAAAUAAAUAUUUUUCUUUAGAUAAACUUAGAAU